AUGGAGGAAUGUUUUAAUGAAGCUUUUGGUGGUUUUUGGGAAGUAGAUGAUUGUUAUGAAGAAAGACCUCAAGUUAAAAAACUUGAUAUAAAAACAUUUAAAAGUUGUUAUUUUUCAAAAAAUUGGUUUUUAAAUAACGAUAAAAUUUUUGAUUUAUUGGAGAAAGAUGAUUUAGAUGAACGUGAUGUUAAUUAUUAUAGAGCAAGUUUUUAUUGUUAUAAAAAUGAUAACAUAGAAUCAAUUAAUUUUUUAAAAAAAUUACUAGAUACAGAUGUUUCUCCAGCAAUGAAAUAUUCUCAUUGGACAUCUAUAUUUAAAUUGUCUUUAAAUGAAGAAAUUUUAGAUUUUAAUGAAUUGAAGGACAUACUUAUUAAUAAAAUUACUAAUUAUGUUAAAAGUCUUGGAGAACAGAUUGGUGUUUGGGAAAUGACAGCGUUAUUAUAUGGAAAAUAUGGAAAAUCAUGUGAAAAGGAACAUUUAAAAAGUCUAAUUUUAUUAACAUCUAUUAAUGAUUUUUCAUCAUAUUGGUUAUUGUUUGAUCAAUUAAAAGGAAUAAAGGGAAACAAUUUCUAUAUAGGGUGUAAAUGUAGAGCAUUACAAUUAUUAAUGAAUGAGGCUGAAGCAAGUAAAGGUUUUUUAAAAGAUAUUAAAAUAAAGAAAUAUUACAACAUAAAAAAUAAUUUAAUUGAUGAAUAUGGAGAAAAAAAAUUUGAAGAAGCUACAAAAGAGAUGUGCAAAGAUAUUUUAAAUACAUAUGUUGAAAAUAUUGAAGAUAUGCCUCCUCCACAUGCCUAUAUGGGAAUUAAAAGUGAUUUUGUUAAUAUGCUUGGGGAGUUUGUUCAAAUGAACAAAUGUCCAGAACUGAGAUCAAGAAGUGACAUUUCAGAAUGUGAAAAAGAAAAAACUGUAUCUGAAGAAUUUAGAUCACGAUCAAAUACUAAUGAAGAUAUAAAUUCAGCUAUAAAUCCAUUUAGACGUCAUUCUAUACAAAUACAUGUUGGAGCUAAAGGAUCACCUGAAUCAAUGGUACGCCAUCGAACAUACUCUGUAAAUGCAUCACCAGUUAAUGAAACACACAUUGAUAAAGAUAUAAAAGAAGCAGCAAAAGCAGCAAGAAAGAAUAAACGAUUUUCCACUGGAAAUAUAGAAACGACUAAAUCAGGAAGUUUCAAAGAUAUUAAUAAGAUAACACAAACAUAUAGAUUGUUUAAUAAACCUCGAUCUACAAGUCUAGCCUUAAGUGAAGAUGAAGAUGAAAUUUUUGAUAAAAGUUUAAAAGAAUCUACAAGUGUUAUUAAAGAGGAGGAUGAUGAUGAUCAAAUCUUUGGUGAUUCUAUUAAAGUAGACAGGACUACAAACAUUGUUACAAUAACAACUCAUUAG